AUGUUUUAUAGAACUGCAUAGACCUUUGGCAGAGGAUUAUUUAGAGCCUUACAAAGAAAUCAAAAACGUAUUGCCAUGACAGCAUUGCCUAUCUUUUUGUUUUCUCAAUAGGUAUCUCAAAGAUUUAUGGCUCAAGAGGCUGAAGCUCCAUAGGAAACUGUUGAAGUUAGCCAAAACGGAAAAAGCUCAGUAACUCCUAAAGUUGAUGCUACCGGAGCUAUCUAACUUUGCCAUAAGAAUGACCUUAAAGAUGGUGAAUUGAAGUUAUACACAGUCGGAGAUAAGAAAAUUCUUCUUGCUAAAAUAGGUGGCUAAUACUAUGCUUGUGAUGCUGUUUCUCCAGUAGAUAAUAAAACACUACUUGAUUCUACUUUGCUCAUUGGUGAUAAAAUCUACGAUAUAGUUAAUGGUGCUAUCUUCUCAAUUAAGGAUGGUGUCACUGAAUACUCUCCUAAUUUAGAACAACUUAAGGUAUUAAAAGUAAAUGAGACAGAUGACCAUGUUAUCUCUGUCCGCUAUACAAAUGAAAAACCAUUCUUUGAUACUGUUAAUAUGAGAGGUUGGGUUCCCGAUUUCACUAACUUGGUUAUUUUAGGUAGUGGCAUUGAAAGCAUUAAUAUUAUUAGAACUCUCCGUCAAGCUAAAUACAGAGGUCUUAUCACUCUUAUGUUUGGUGAAGAUAUUGAUGGCCCUUAUGAUCUUAACCUCUUGUUCGAAGAUUUGGAAAAUACUGAAAGACCUCCAAUUAGAGAAAAGGAAUUUUAUGAAUAAUUCUAAGUUAAAAUAGCUAAGAAUAAAGAAAAAGUAAAAUAUAUCAACAUUGAUGAGCAAGUCAUUAAAACCGUUUAGGGUAAAGAAGAUCCUGUUCCUUAUUAAAAGUUAGUUUAUUCCUUAGGAAUACGUCCUCGUUUCCAUGGUGUUAGUGGACUUGGUUUGCAAGGUAUUUAUCAACCAUGUUCAUUAACUGAAUUCAAGUAGAUCAAAAAGGAUAGUGCAAAUUUCAAGAACAUCGUCAUAGUAGGUGAUACUGUUAAUAGUAUCCGUUUAGCUUGCAAUCUAAAGAAAAACACUAAAGCAAAUAUUACUUUAGUAACUGAAUCUAGCAAUGUCCUAAGCAAGGAUAAUUUAGGAGAAGACAUUUCAGCAACUUUAGUUUAAGAGUUGAAGAACACUGGCGUUAAAGUUGUCAAAUCUCAACAAUUAAAAGCCAUAGAAGGAACAAAAGCAGUAGAGUAAGUAGAAUUAUCAAAGGAUAAAAUAAAGUGCGAUGCCCUCUUUUUAAUGAGAGAAGAAUUCCCUAACAUAGAUCCUUUGGAAUCUAGCAUGAGACUUUGCAGCGAUGGUGCUCUUUAUACUGAUUCCUUCUAAAGAACUGUCAGUUAAAACAUGUGGACUGUUGGUCCUACUGCUUCAAUUAUAGCUCCUUUCAUUGCUUCUCGUUUAGCAUACAGAAAUUCUGGUGAUGUCUUAUUGCAAGCUCACACUACUGCCUUGAACUUAAUUGAAAAAAGACUUGCUUUAAGAACCAUUCCUUUUGAUAAGGUUAAAGUUGGUAAUACCCAAAUCAAUAAGAUAGGUUUCCCAGAAGUCAGUAACAGAGCUGAAAUCGUUGGUGAUUAGUAAUCUAACAAUUAUAUGGUUUACUACUUCAGAGAUGAUCAACUAGUUGGAGCUGCUACACCUUCCAGAUAUCGUGACUUAACAAUUGUAAGAGAAGCUCUUUUCUAAGAUAUUAUUCCUAGAGGAAAGUUUGAGAUUAACAUUAAAGAUUUAGAAAAUAAAAUUUUCAGUCUUUCUGCUAAAAAAUUGAACAGUAAGUUCAUGGAAAAUAUGAGAAAAAGACCUCAUAUGACAAAGUGA